GAAUGUUUGGAUUUGAAUUUGAAUUUGCAUUCAGCUUCCUGAGUGUAUAAUUGAACAUUAGGAGUUUUUUUCGUAUUGGUUUUAUUGAUAGUAUGAUCUUGCUGAUGAUUAUGGUUUGUUGUUCUCUCCAUAGACAGCUGUUAGUGCUUUAUAUUCUCAGCUCAAAGAGCUCCAGAAGAAGGAUGCAGACAUGAAGGAGCGUGACAAAAUGUUGUACUCAAAGUUUAUAUCACAAAUGCAGGGGGACACUGAUUCUACGAGUAAGUUAAUUGGUUAUUGUAUGUGUGUUCAUGCAUUCAUAUACUUAAGCUAUCUGAACACUGUAUAUUUAUAUAGGUUGGUCGCUAGAGACACUGAUCUUCCAUUGGCAGCAACACUGCUGAAAGCAUAUGCAAAGGUUGAGCCUCUGACAAUAGCUGAGCUCAAUUAUUUAUUAUCACUGCUCCAUCCCAGGACAUUGACAUCAUAUGUACCGGGAGAGUUGCUCGCGUUGACAUGGACAAAGGGUGGUGUUAUGCUGCAUGCUCCAAAUGCAGUAAAACUGCAGCACACUGUCUCCGCUAUUGCGUUUGUGCAAUGCGACAAUGCUCAUGCUGUCGGGACUUUCCGCUAUCGCGUGGAGACGGCCAUUGCUGAUGGUACUGCUGAAGGUACAUUCUUUCGUUUUGAUGGUGUAGUGACGAAAUUACAUAGCCUCAGAGCAAGUGAAGCUGGUCAAAUGCUGGCUGAAGGAGUAAACCCUGAGGACUUUAAGAUGCCUCCAUUUACUACCCAUAUAGAAGCAAAGACAUACACUUUCCAAUUCAGUGUUAGUACAUCUAACUUCACAGCAAUCAAAGGAGAAUAAGGGCUCCUCUCAUGCUUCCACGUCACCUUUUUUAUUCCACGUCUGAUGGGCUGAUGGGCUAGCUUAUUUUUUUUUCGUUAUGCUUGGCCCGUAAGCCCGUAGCUUUAGAGAAACGAGAGAGACGCAUCGAUCCAUCCAUAACCCUACCUUCUUCUCUCUCGCGCAAGACUGUGAUCUCCCUCCGAGCCCUUUCAUCUUCUUCCGUUUCCUUCUCAAUCAAUGAUGAUUGAAGUUAUGUUGCUCGGUUUUAUUGGUUUGGUUAUAAAAGAAAUUUGGUUAUCUAACCAAUCUCUGCGUCUUUUGUCUUUUAAUUAGUUAGGGUUUUGUUGGUUUUCGUUCUUUGCCUCUUCUUCUACAUCGUUGUCUCUCUCAACUUUGUCUGCAAACACAAUUUUUUUCUUUCAACUCCUCACCUUCAUUAAAGCUCAACGAGGUUCAACACAUCCUUCUAAAUUCCCUUGAUUAUUGUGAUUGUCAUUCGACACGGAGGAACCGACCUCCUCCGCCUUCACUUCAUCUCCAUGUUCAAGGUAAGGACAACCACAUCACCGUGCUCUACUUCGACACGGAUGUACCGAUCCCCUCCGGCUCAUGAUGAAUCCCGUGCUCAACCAUCUUUUCUAUGGAUUUCUUCAAAUCCAAGUACAUAUCUUCUGGUUCUUUGGUAUAUAUUUUAAUUUUCUUCGAGUCUUUGUGAUGAUUUAAUUGAUUUUCCAUGAAAUCAUUUGUGGUUAAAGAGGAGGAUGAGACGCUUCGUGGAGGUGGCUAAGGGUCGUUGGCAUUUUUACCUUUGUUAACGGUGGUGGAAGCUCCAGAAGAUAAUGUUAUAGGGGUUUGUUGAUAUGAUGAGAAGUAGCUCUUUAUCUAGAGCCUUCAAUCUGUUUUUUUUCCAAUCAGUAGGAAGAAAGGAGGCUGCAAAGCUUUAGAAAAGUACUUUCAAAUAAUUGUAAUGACGGAGGCAAUGUACAGGAGUCUAACUUUAUUUGCAUAGAGUAAAUUUUAUUAAAAUUGAUCUGAUUGGAGAAUGGAUUUGGUCGUGAUGGUGAGAAUGUUUGGAUUUGAAUUUGAAUUUGCAUUCAGCUUCCUGAGUGUAUAAUUGAACAUUAGGAGUUUUUUUCGUAUUGGUUUUAUUGAUAGUAUGAUCUUGCUGAUGAUUAUGGUUUGUUGUUCUCUCCAUAGACAGCUGUUAGUGCUUUAUAUUCUCAGCUCAAAGAGCUCCAGAAGAAGGAUGCAGACAUGAAGGAGCGUGACAAAAUGUUGUACUCAAAGGUAUUUCCUUUUCUUUGCAGGAAAACAGAUCAUGUAUCUUUUAGAUCCCCUUUUUGGUUUUAUAGCUAUCCCCCUUCCAAAUAUAUGAAGCAGUUUAUAUCACAAAUGCAGGGGGACACUGAUUCUACGAGUAAGUUAAUUGGUUAUUGUAUGUGUGUUCAUGCAUUCAUAUACUUAAGCUAUCUGAACACUGUAUAUUUAUAUAGGUUGGUCGCUAGAGACACUGAUCUUCCAUUGGCAGCAACACUGCUGAAAGCAUAUGCAAAGGUUGAGCCUCUGACAAUAGCUGAGCUCAAUUAUUUAUUAUCACUGCUCCAUCCCAGGUAAAAUAACUAGCUGUCUUAAUUUGUAGAUGUUAAUGGUAUGGCUCUGUUUGAUUCUGAUAUCCAACAUGUAGGACAUUGACAUCAUAUGUACCGGGAGAGUUGCUCGCGUUGACAUGGACAAAGGGUGGUGUUAUGCUGCAUGCUCCAAAUGCAGUAAAACUGCAGCACACUGUCUCCGCUAUUGCGUUUGUGCAAUGCGACAAUGCUCAUGCUGUCGGGACUUUCCGGUACGCCUACAGUUUAUAAAUAUUUCUCUCCGUACGUAUACUCAUGCGUGUCAAUACUUUGUCUUUGCCUUUGUUAUGCUUUUUCCUUAGCUAUCGCGUGGAGACGGCCAUUGCUGAUGGUACUGCUGAAGGUACAUUCUUUCGUUUUGAUGGUGUAGUGACGAAAUUACAUAGCCUCAGAGCAAGUGAAGCUGGUCAAAUGCUGGUAAGAUACACGUCUGUCUCCUUAUGUGUUUAUCAUCUACCAAGUACUAACACAUCUACAAAACUUCCUGUGCCAAAUAGGCUGAAGGAGUAAACCCUGAGGACUUUAAGAUGCCUCCAUUUACUACCCAUAUAGAAGCAAAGACAUACACUUUCCAAUUCAGUGUUAGUACAUCUAACUUCACAGCAAUCAGACAUUCACCAUCACGCUCAUUCUCGAUGAACGUGACCGUGUGCCAGUCCCUGACGUUGUCGACAACGUAAGUAUAAUGAGUAUUAUGUUGUUUCGCUAUUUACAUUUAAAUGUAUGUAUGACCAUCUGGUUGGAACAGAUAGGUAAUGAUGAUGGGGACGACAUGCCAGAUGGCAAUCCAAUUCCUGUUAAGGUGGAAACUGGAGGGAGCAGUGGUGAGGCAGCGUUCAAUGCUGAUACAGAUCCAGUUGGUGUGUGCAGAAGAAGACGGCCAACUCAUCUUCUGAGGUGGUUAAGAAGACGUGUGUGGCUUGAGAUAGACUAGAAAGAACUAUAAACACACUACUCAAAAUUUAAAUAAUGCUUAUGCAUCUUCAUUUUCUUUCGCGUAUUGGUUAACUAUGUUUUUGUCUUUCUCCAAUUUUUGGGUACUAUAUUUGUCAUACAAUCUUCCUAAUAUGAGUUAUCUACCUAUUAACUUUCCACUACAAAUUUAUUUUUACUUAUACAUUUGUUUUAAACCUUUUGAUUCAAAAUGUGAGAAAAUAAUAUUUUUUUGUUAAAAUUUCCCAGAUUAGAUUUAUUAGCUAACAUGUUAUUUUUUUAAAAAAAUUAUAUGUUUAUCAGUGUUUUAAAAACCGGACCGGCCGGUUGAACUGGUUGGACCGUGAUUCACUCUUCUAACCGGUUCCGAGUUUGGCUAAGAACCGGAUUUAAGUUGAACCGGCACCAAACUCGCUAAAACCGGUGAUCCGGUUCAAUACUAAAACCCAGUUUUCUCAAAUUUAAGUUUAUAAUAAAAAAAAAAUUGUAAUUUCUUAAGAAAAAAAUCAUAAAACUUCAUAUUAUAUUUUAAUAUCUGUCUAAAUAAAUUAGUUUACAUUAUCUUUACAUUUUAUUUUCAUUUAUAAAAAUAAUUAUGUAUUAUGCUAUAUAUUUAGUUACUUAAUUUAAAAGUAAAUUAAAUUUUUAAAUCCCGGUUGAAUCGGUCCGACCAUUGACCCAGAUAUAAUGCCGAGUUAGUGUCCGGCUUGGUUUUAAAAAUAUUGUAUUUAUUUAAACCAUUAAAUUUUAAAAUUAUUAUUUAUUGGUGUUGGAGUAUAGUUAAUGAUUAUUUUAUUUGUAUCGCAUUAAUGCAUUGGUUUUAUUAUAAACCUUAAUCUUGAUUGGAGCCUGAAUAGUAUGAUAACAAGUAAAUAUUAAAAGUAUAAAGUUUAAUUAUUAGGGCUCAUGUUUUAUACAAUCGUUAAUUUACCUUAUAAUACAUGUUAUCAUCGUUAAAAGCUAUAAUGCCAUCUACUAAACUUAAUAGUUAAAACCCGUAUAAUAUGAGCCGCAAAGUUGAACAUGAUAUCAAACUAUGAGAUUUAUGCAUAUCCUGUUGUUGUAAUGUCUGACUGUAUUUCCUUACGUAUUAUCAACCAUACGUUAAGACUGAUGAAAACCAGCUCAUCGAACUGCCUGAUGCAAACAAAUCAGACUAUACAGUUAUUGUUUCAGAUUAUAUAUUUUAAAAUAUUUUUAGUUAUAAUGAAUAAGUUAUUCUUUUAUAUCGUAUAAAACAUUAAUUUUAAGGAAAAUUGUAUAACAAAAAAGAAAAAAUAAAUUAUUUUAUGAAAAAAUAUAUAAAU